AUGGAUCCUACUCCUCCUGCACCACCAUCUGCUAAAGUGGUUGGGGAUGUAUUUGCAAAGCAUUACUAUCACGUCUCGCAGAAUCUCCCGGACGAGCUUCAUCGGUUUUACACAGAUGCCAGCAAGAUUGGGAGGACUGAUGAUGGAGUCAUGCGUGUAUCCACCUUACCGGAUAUAGGUGAGAAUCUCAAUGUGCUAUCUUGCGGAGGUUUUGAUUCGGCUGUGGUAACAAGUGUCAUUUCACAAGACUCCAAUGGUGGGAGUGUCGUGGUCCAUGUCAGUGGCUACUUCACUUCAAAGGAGACAGUUGAGAGGAGGAGCUUCACACAAGCUUUCUUUCUUGCUCCACAAGAAGAGCCUAGAGGCUACAUUGUUUCUAAUGACAUUCUCAGAGUUGAUGACAAACCUCUUCUUCCUGCUAACAAUGUCAUAGAGGAUCAAAACGGUUCAAUACAAGAUGAUCAAGUUCAACAUCCACCUACACGACCAUCUCCUAAAGCGGUGGGGGAUGAAUUUGCAAAGCGCUACUUUCACAUCUUGCAAAAUGUUCCGGAGCUUCUUGAUAAGAUUUAUCAAGACAACAGUCAGAUUACACGGCCUGUAGAGGGUGAAUUGAUGCGCACCUACACCUUAUCGGAUAUUGGUGAGAAGCUUAACAUGCUGUUAUGGGGAGGCUUUGAUUCGGCAGAGGUAACCAGUGUCACUUCCGUAGACUCUCAAUCCGAGGGUGUCUUGGUCUUUGUCAGUGGCUCCUACUUCACUUCAACCACGAGACGUGAAAGGAAGUUCAUCCAAACUUUCUUUCUUGCUCGACAAGAAGCACCCAACAGCUACUUUGUUUUCACCGACAUCUUCAACUUCGUUGAUAUACCAGAGGCUACAGAUGGAAGACUUGUCUCUCGUGAAGACUCUGGAUUGAUCUUGGAGGGUCCAACAGUUCACGUUAAAAGUCUUCCUCCAGCUGGAAGAAACAACAUGGCGAUUAGGGCAGCAUUCAAGAGGUUUGGACAGGUUAAACCGGAUGGAAUUCGAAUUAAAAACACUGGUUUAGGGAGCUAUUACCAUGCCUUUGUGGAGUUUACGGAAGCAAAUGCCGCCAAAAGAGCAAUAGAGGCGUCUCCUGUUUGGAUUGCUGGGAUAAAAGUUGUCGUGAAGAGACUGCGAGGACCAGAUUUCUUUGAACGGCAGAGAAUUCGUGAGGAGGAAGAAGUGAAUAUGCUGCUUCAGGGAGAUUUAAGCAAGCAAUUAGGAGGAACAGGAGAUUUUGACUUUUGGGACUGGCUAAAAUCAAUGGAGAUGCAGAGUAUGCUAAAGGGAGAUCGCCACUAUGGGGACUAUUCGCAAUCGAAGGUGAUGGAGGAACACAGCAAGUUUCUGGACGAGAUACAGAGAAAACUCGAGGAGGGAGAAGAAGGAAAAGAAGAGAAUCAAAACUGA